AUGGUACCAUUUGAUUUGGAAAUGGAUACUGCAAAUAAAGUCUCUUCAGAUGAAUCCAAUGAUAGGAGACAGUCUGCAUCGUCCUCCGUUUUUCGGACGCCAUUACAGAAAAGUGGGAGCGCAGAUGCAGCAUCCUUGAAGUCGACUCCUGCGGAUCCUCAUUUGACGGAAACGAACGGACAAAGUACCUCACUAAGAAAAUAUGAGGAGAGUUCUGACAAAAGGAGCACUAGGGAGCAAUUAUCAGAUAUUAUAAUACAAGACCAAUCAUCAAUGGAUUCGCAAUCACUAUCCUUACAUCUAAAUGGUAACCAUACCGUCAAUCAUAGCCGAAGCCAAAGCCGCAGCACUAUCCUAAGUAACACAAAAGAUGAAUCAAAACCUGGACCAGAACCAGAAAUUCUUGCUCAUAGGAGAGAAAACUCCGGGACGAUCACCGUUUCUCAAUUGAAGCCAAAAAAUGAGCUACCUGUCGGGAAGCCUUCUGUAUCACUUUCGCAACUUGAUUCUUUUGAUCCAAAACGCUACGUGAAUGAAUUCUAUGCAGACACUCGUUACCGAUUUUCUACUGAUAAAAGGAACGAGGAUUUUCACGCCUUAUUCCCUAAGUCACCGAAAAGUGAGCGUCUACUUGAUGACUUCAGUUGUGCAUUAAAUAGAGAAUUCUUAAUUCAAGGUCGUGUUUACAUCACACCGGAACGAGUAUAUUUCCAUUCAAAUUUAUUAGGAUGGGUAACAUCAUUGGACAUUGAGAUGAGAGAUAUUGUUACGUUGGAGAAAAUAUCAACUGCCGGUUUGUUCCCAAAUGGAAUCUGCAUUCACUUGGCUAACGAAAAACAUUACUUCGCUAGUUUUAUUUCCAGAGACGCAACUUUCAAGUUCUUGGAAAUAAUAUGGCACACUAGAAAGGAAUUGGAUUAUCUAACACUGAAACCAGAACAGCUUGCUCUGAAUCAUUCGAGAUCGUUAAACGACUUCUUAACUGGCACUACAAGUACUUGCCCUCCAAGUAGAUCAUCAUUUGCGGAUGAUGGCGAUACAAUAGAGAGCGCAAUAAUGUCGGUAGAUGAUGAUUUUCCCGUAAACAGGUCGUUAACUAGUUUGAACGAGAAUCCUGAACGAAACUUCUCAAAUGAUACCGACGAGUAUGCGUCUGAAGAUGAAUUUGAUGAAGAAGAUGAAGAUGAAGAAGAGGAUGAAGAUGAUGAGAUGAAUAUAAAUGUAACCUCUAACGAUAAAUAUGCCACCCUGCUAUAUGAUGAAGAAGCAGUUGCCAGUGAUGCUGAAGAUAAGUCAUUACGAAAAGUGUUUAAGCUAAAGAAGAAAUCUAAAUUUCAUUAUUCGGGACCUUAUUAUUUCAAAGCGACUGAAUUUAUGUACAAUCCAGAGGAUAAUAAAGAAACCGUUCUUGCUGAACUGGACUUAAAAGCCCCUCCAGGUGUUGUUUAUCAAUUAAUGUUCAGUGAAGAAUGCCCUGAUUUUCUUAUAACUUUUCUAAAGGCCCAAGAUUCUAGUCAGAUCUCAGAGAUUCCGCCAUUUGAUAAAGCAAAUCCUGAAGGACAACAUUAUCGUGAAUAUUCAUAUGCAAAGGCUUUAAGCUAUCCUGUCGGACCAAAAUCCACUAAAUGCCUAGUGUCAGAACAUAUUCUUUAUUGUGCGUAUGACAAUUACAUCAACAUUGUCAAUACUACAAAGACCCCUGAUGUACCAAGUGGAAACAAUUUCAGUGUUAAAACUAGAUACUUGUAUCGUUGGAAGGAUAGUACUAGCUGCGUACUAAAAAUAUCUUACUGGGUGGAAUGGACGGGUAGUAGCUGGAUUAAAUCUAUGAUUGACAAUAGUGUAAAAUCUGGACAGGCGGAGGCAACAAAAAGGUUGGUUGAGUUAAUCCAUGAAUUUGUUAACAAUAAUGUCGAAGAGACAGAGAUGAGAGUAAAUACUCAACCAAGAAGAGGAUCUCCUCAAAGCAGGAGGGUUAGCAAAAUGUCUUCAAAACCAGUUCUACCUCCUGUUGAAAAAUCUGAACUGCAGACUGUUUUGGAGAAAGACAUAAAAUCCACCUUAACAAAGGAUAACGCAAUUUUAGUAUUGUUGGUUUUUAUCACUUUUUUAUUGAUAUUCAAUACUACGUGUCAAGUUCGAAUAAUACGGAAACUCAAUAAGUUAAUGAACACAGGAAGCAUAUCAGUUGUGGAUGAAAUUAAAGACAUUUUAAGCGUUUAUAAUGAACUUCCGAUUUUACAAGAGGAUUAA